AGUGCCACUGAAAUUUAGUUUUACUUGGUACCGGGCAGUUGUUGGAAUAACCAUGAUCCGUGCAGUAAUUAUUGGCUUAUUUUGUGUUGCAUAUGCUAUGUCAAUGACGACUACGCAUAAACCUCAUCAUACUCAUCACCCACAUGGUACAGGACCUACACAUGAACCCCAAGAGCAUGAAUUUUUUAAAUUUGCAUACGAGCCACACUCGCAUAUGAUGGUUGUUGUAAAUGGACAUUUAUGUUACAUGUUCACAUUGUCAGAUGCCGAGAGAGCUGCGAUACAUACUGACGCCGGUAUCAGAGCUGUUGAGCUGAAACUUUUGAGCACGCUCAGCACAGCCUCUGUUACAGAAGUAACAAAAGACCAAGUUAAUGCCAAGAUUGCACAUGUUUGUGGAGCACAUACAACACAUUAUUACAAGGAAACUACUGUGUAAUAUGACAACUUGUUUUGAUGUAUGUAAAAUUACAAAUUUGAAUGUAAAAUAAUAAAACCUGUCUCAAUUUU